CUCCAGUAUAAAAGGAAGGGCUUGUAAAAUAUACUAGAGUGUAUCAGAUUUGGAAAUCGUAGGAAGAGGCGUCUUGAUAAACGCCGAUUCUUUGAGUUUCAAUUUGAAAUUCUAGGGUUUCGAAAAAAACAGCGAAAAUGAGAGAGUGCAUAUCGAUCCACAUUGGUCAGGCCGGUAUUCAGGUCGGAAAUGCAUGCUGGGAACUUUACUGCCUCGAGCAUGGCAUUCAGCCUGAUGGCCAGAUGCCAGGUGACAAGACAGUUGGAGGAGGUGAUGAUGCAUUCAACACCUUCUUCAGUGAAACUGGGGCAGGAAAGCACGUCCCUCGUGCUGUCUUUGUGGAUCUUGAGCCUACUGUCAUUGACGAAGUCAGGACUGGAACAUACAGGCAGCUCUUUCACCCUGAGCAGCUUAUCAGUGGCAAAGAAGAUGCAGCCAACAACUUUGCACGUGGACAUUAUACAAUUGGGAAAGAGAUAGUUGAUCUCUGCUUGGAUCGCAUCAGGAAGCUUGCAGACAACUGUACUGGUCUUCAAGGUUUUCUGGUUUUCAAUGCUGUUGGUGGUGGAACUGGUUCAGGUCUUGGGUCACUUCUGCUGGAGCGUCUCUCUGUGGACUAUGGCAAGAAAUCAAAACUUGGUUUCACCAUUUAUCCAUCACCACAGGUCUCAACCUCUGUGGUGGAACCUUACAACAGUGUCCUGUCAACCCACUCCCUUCUUGAGCACACUGAUGUUGCAGUUCUUCUUGACAAUGAGGCCAUUUAUGACAUUUGCAGGCGCUCAUUGGACAUUGAGCGACCCACAUACACCAAUCUGAACCGACUUAUUUCACAGGUCAUUUCUUCGUUGACUGCUUCGUUGAGGUUUGAUGGGGCACUGAAUGUUGAUGUGAAUGAAUUCCAGACCAACCUUGUUCCCUACCCCAGGAUUCAUUUUAUGCUUUCCUCCUAUGCUCCUGUCAUUUCAGCUGAGAAGGCCUACCAUGAGCAGCUCUCAGUUGCAGAGAUCACCAACAGUGCUUUUGAGCCAUCUUCCAUGAUGGUUAAGUGUGAUCCUCGUCAUGGCAAGUACAUGGCUUGCUGCCUUAUGUUCCGUGGUGAUGUUGUGCCAAAGGAUGUCAAUGCUGCUGUGGCCACCAUCAAGACUAAGCGCACCAUCCAAUUUGUUGACUGGUGCCCUACCGGAUUCAAGUGUGGUAUCAAUUAUCAGCCACCGACUGUUGUUCCUGGAGGUGAUCUGGCCAAGGUGCAAAGGGCUGUAUGUAUGAUUUCCAACUCAACAAGUGUUGCGGAGGUCUUUUCACGCAUUGACCACAAGUUCGAUCUGAUGUAUGCCAAGCGUGCUUUCGUGCACUGGUAUGUUGGUGAGGGUAUGGAAGAAGGUGAGUUCAGUGAAGCACGUGAAGAUCUGGCUGCUCUGGAAAAGGAUUACGAGGAAGUUGGUGCUGAAUUGGAGGAAGGAGAAGACGAUGAUCAUGAGGAAUACUAAAUACAUGAUGCAUUGCUUUGUUUGUUGGAUUGUAUUUUUCUUUGGUUGUUCUUCAGUUGCGGCAUUUUAGACAUUCCAGUACUAGUUUGUAUUUUAAUGGUGUCUUGUAUGCUGAAAUGACUUCUGCUGCUAUGAAAGUUCAAACAUGCUUGUUUGUGUGAAAUUGCUUUA